CAAGUCCAUUAUUUUGGUAAGGCAACAUUUUAUUUAUUCAUGACUGAACUUAUAAGUGUACACUAUAAACCACAGUAUGACCUACACCGAAAGAAUGCAAACAGAGUAUUAGGUCGACUGUCUGUUAUUUUACUGCAUGUACAAGUAUUAGUGUUCUGAUAUUCCAAGAGGGGAAGAGUAUUCUUGAAAAUACAGAGAAAGAAGAAAGGAUUUCAGGACUCGGAAACACAUACAUGUUAUACUACAACACUAAUGACUUGGCAGAGAUUUCCAUAGGAAUAUAAUCAGGCAUCGUAGACAUCGUAUCUGCUUCAAUCUCAACUCACAGUAACCCAGCUUCAAUGGCCGAGACAGAGAAUGUGGACGGGCCAAAGAUUGACUUCAGCAAACCUUGGCAAUUUGGUGAUAUCAUUUUUAUCGUAGAAGACAAGAAGAUAUACGCAAACAAGACUAUUCUCUCGAUGUGGAGUCCGGUUAUGGAAGCCAUGUUCCACAGAGAUUUCAAGGAGAAGAAUGCUAUGGAGAUCAAUCUCCCGCAUAAAUCUUACGAAGAAGUCAUAGAAUUCUUGAAAGUGCUGCACCCACCCAACGAGGAAAUCAGUGGUAUACUAUCUGAUUCUCAAGCUAUCGAUUCAGUCUUACACAACUCAUCUUUUGUGGAUCGUAAUCUCAAAAAUUCUGGUUCGAAUAUUACCAAGAUCUUGCCGUUGAUCCAGGAGUACCAAGUGGACAUAUUGAUGAAACGAUGCGAGGACUUGUUAAUGUGUCGAUCUGGAUGCAUACAGAACUAUAUCCUGGCACAAAAAUACAAUCUCCAAAAACUCAAAGACUCAAGUUACGCUUGGUUGAAAAGAACACCUGUUGGGAGGUUAAAACAACAGCCUGAUUUCGAAAAACUUGACCCAGAAGUACUUAUGGAAAUAUUUGCUGAAAAAUGCGAACGAUUUGAAAAAUGUCAAGAUAGUCUACGAGAGGUUAAACAGGUUAUUGAGAGGAAAAAAGUCAAUCCAACAUUUGCCGGCGCCCAUAUGCUUUGUGACACUUGCCAAGACGCACGCGGGCAACAAGUCGAAUGCAUGUCAUGCAUGAAAAAUUGCUGUGAAAAAGUAGUAGACAUUAUCAAACAAAUGGAUCGAUGUUAGCUGUAUAAUUAAAUUAAUUGUUAAGUUAUUU